GUCCUGUCGACGUCUCCAGAUUUAAAAACUGUCCUUGGAGAUCUUGAAAAAGGUCUUCUGAGAACUUCAUCCCCCAUCCACAAUUGUCUGAAUGUGUGCCGAGAGUUCCUGCUUGAAGGAUCUUUCAGAGCAUUUAGACGAACUCACUUCAAUCCCUGUCAUCGCUUGAUGAUCACAUUUGUUGAUGACGAGGGACAGAGUGAGGGUGCCGUGGACGAUGGUGGUCCCAGCCGGGAAUACUUGCGACUUCUCAUAGCAGCGCUAAGAGAUAGCCGCUACUUUGAGGGGCCAGAGAGCAGCAAAAAUCUUUCCCUAGUACCCCGAGGUCUGGAGUUCGGGGACUAUAAAGUCAUUGGUCAAAUGCUAUCCCUGGCCCUUCUCCAAGGAGGAGUACGGCCCUCUUUUUUGUCGUCAAGGCUGUAUGCUUUGUUGUGUCGGCAACAAACAGGCCCAGUAUCAGUUGAGGAGGUUGGUGACUGGGAACUGCGCCAGCACCUGGAUAAAAUUAAAGCUGCAGAAAACUUGCAGGAAGCCCAGCGUGCCGUUGAAGAAGGCUCAGCGGCUCUGCAUGCCCUGGGCUGUGCAAGGUCUCUUACAGACAUGGAGAGCAGGCAGGCUCUCAUUGAGGAAGCGGCAAAGUCGCAUGUUGAGGGGCGCACUAAAGCUGCAUUAGACCAGCUAAUUGAGGGAUUGGACUGCCUCAAGGUGGCAGAGGCAAUGAGGGACCAUCCAGAUGUCCUUCGGCCCAUCUUCAUUUCCGGACACAGCCAGCUGACUGUACAGAGCUUGAUGACUCUUUUUGAGAUUGUUCUUUCCCCACCUGGCAGCAAUGCCCGAAGAAGUGAAAAUUUGACACUUACGUUUUGGAGGGACUGGUUAAUUGAUGUUGGCGGUAAGUUAUGCACAAUGACUGUUAUAUACAUACUUUCUACAAAAUGGACCAAAUCCCUCCAAUGGGCUUCCCCCAGAGGCCUCAAAUCGAGUUUCUCCAUGCCCCUCAUGAAAGUGGUGCUCGACGGCGCUAUCCUGAAGCCAACACGUGCAGUGUUGUUUUGA